GAACGAGUUAAAUAUAAAAAGCGGCAAGUUGUACACGUUUGGCACCAUGGAGGGAGGUUACGUGAAUGAAGAGGAUUCGGAUGCCAUUAUAGGUGUGGAAAGUCCAGGAGGGCAACUGAAAACAAAAAAUGGCCAAAAAUAUGUCUUCAAUGGCCGGCCAUCGGGUAUAUUUGUAUCGAAAAUGUGUGCCGUAUGCUCGUUUAUUAUUGCCUUAUUGAUACUCAUCUUUAGUGUGGGCAUAACAUAUUUUAUAACGGCGACAACAAUGACGACGGGCUGCACAAAUGGUCACAGUCCAGUGGCCGCUGACAAUCACCUAGCCACAGCCAGCAUGCUGGGUAUGCCACUGCCAAAAUCCAAAUACAACAAUGACGAGGUGGCGCCUGUCGGUGAUAUACCGCCGGACAAUGAUAUAUUCGGUGAGGCGAAAGACAAAUUCCCCGAUCGCCAGCUACAAUUGUACGAUGGCUGGUUGCCGCUGCACUACAACAUCCUCAUCGAACCGAACAAUCACACCUCAACAAAUAAUGGCAGUGUGGCGAUACGUGUCCAACGUGAUGGCCGACUCAACAGCUUUGAACCCAUUGUCUUGGACAUCAACAAUGUGACGGUGACAAAUGUACGCGUUACACGUGAUACCUAUGCCGCCAAUCUGAUGCAGCCUGAAGAUGUAGAAUUCGAAGGAGCCUAUAAUGCAGAUUAUACGGCCUAUGUUAUAACGCUGGCGAAGUCAUUGGCCGAUGAGAAAGAUUUGCAAUUGAUUGUUAGCAUGGAUUUUGUGAGUCAAAUUACCGAUACCCUGCAGGGUGUCUACAAGACCAGUUACAUCGAUGUGAAUACGGGAAGGAAAGAAUGGAUGAUCAGCACCCAAUUUUCACCAAUCGAUGCCCGUCGUGCAUUCCCCUGUUUCGAUCGUCCCGACAUGAAGGCCAAUUUUACAAUCAGUAUUAUUCGACCCACCCGAACGGCAAUGGCCCUAUCCAAUAUGCCUGUAAAUAAUAGCACUAUCUGCCGUCCCGGUUUCACUCGUGAUGAUUUCAUGACCACACCAAAAAUGCCAACCUACCUCUUAGCUUUUAUUGUUUCGAAUUUGGUGAAAUCUCAUUUCUCCGAUAUGGAUGCUUCACUGGUGCCCCGAGUUGAGAUCUGGACCCGUCCCGAAAAUCGCGACAUGACCCAUUAUGCCUAUUCGCUGGUCCGCAAAUUCUUACCCUUCUACGAAGGCUAUUUUGGUAUUAAGAAUCGUCUGCAAAAAAUCGAUAUAGUAACGGUGCCAGAUUUCGGUUUUGGUGCUAUGGAAAAUUGGGGUCUGAUAACAUUCAGAGAUUCCUCCCUGUUGGUCCCCGCUGAUUUGGAGAAGGCCUCCUCUUCCGAACAUAUGGAAUAUGUGGCCCAAAUUGUUGCCCAUGAAUUGGCGCAUCAAUGGUUCGGUAAUCUGGUGACACCCAAAUGGUGGGAUGAUCUAUGGCUUAAGGAAGGUUUCGCCUGCUAUAUGAGUUACAUUGCCCUGAACAGUGUCCAUCCGGAAUUUGAGAUUAUGGAUACCUUUACAGUAUUUGAAUUUAAAGAAUCUAUGCAACACGAUUCCGACAAUAGUUCCCAUCCGAUUUCCUUUAAUGUCAAGGCCACCAAUGACAUUCGUCGUAUUUUCGAUCCGAUUACCUAUUCUAAGGGCACAAUUUUGUUGCGUAUGUUAAAUUCAAUUGUGGGUAAUGAAGCGUUCCGUGAUGCCACCCAGGAUUUGUUGAAUAGCUUCGCUUAUGGCAAUGCCGAUCGUGAUGAUCUAUGGGAAUUUAUGACCAAACAUGGCCAUCUGAAAAAGACCCUACCCGAACAUAUGGACAUUAAGACCAUCAUGGAUACUUGGAUAUCGAAACCCGGUUAUCCGGUCAUAAAUGUGGAGAGACGUGGUGCCGAUUUGAUCAUCACUCAGGAACGAUAUAUUCUACCAUCACGUGACAUGGCCGAUGAUAGUAAAUGGAUAGUGCCGAUAACUUUUGAGACAAGUGAAGUACGCACCGGCCACACCAUACCCACCCAUUGGCUGAUGGAUAAUGGUCUCGAAUUGGUUAUCCGAGAUGUCUUCAGUUCCGACAAUAAUACCAAUGAUAUUGUCUACUUGAAUUUAAAUCGUCAAGGCUAUUAUCGUGUAAAUUAUGACUUAGUGUCCUGGUUGGCUUUGAAAAAGGAAUUUGCCAAUCUGCCGCGUGUCACCCGAGCCCAAUUGUUGGAUGAUGCCUUCCAUUUGGCCCAGGCGGAAUAUUUGACCUAUGACAUACCGUUGACAUUCCUUAUGGAAAUUUUCACAUCCAUUGAUGAUGAGCUGUUGUGGUCCGCUGCCCAACAGGGUCUAAAUUAUCUGAUACAUAUGAUGAGCCGUGAACCGGGAUAUGAAACGUUUAGGGCCUUCAUGAAGUUCAUGGUCCGUCCGGCCUUUGACCAAUAUGGCCUGCAGGAACCCGAUAAUGAAUCACAUAUCCAAUUACAACAUCGAGCUUUGGUCGCCAAAUUGGCCUGUAAAUUUAAAUACGAUCGUUGCUAUAACUUCGCCCACCUGAAAUACCGCGAAUGGAUGCAAAAUCCCAAUUUUAAUCGCAUCACUCCCAACAUGAAAUCCAUUAUCUACUGUACUGCCAUGGAAGAGGGUUCAUUCCAAGAAUGGCAUUUCGCCUAUAAACAAUACAAUCGUACCACAAGUGCCUCCGAAAAGGAACAGAUCUUAUCAUCGUUGGGCUGUACAACGAAACCAUGGUUGUUAUCCAAAUAUUUAAAUAUGACACUCAACUCCACCCUUAUUCUGAAACAAGAUGGCGCCCGAGCAUUUAGAGCUGUUGCUGAAAAUCCAAUUGGCUUUGAAAUCGCCUUCGAUUUCCUGCAAACGAAUAUCAAGGAGAUUGCCGAAUACUUCGGCGAUGGCUUCUCAACCCUAACCUCAAUGGUGAAAUCCAUCACAACAUACAUGAGCAAAGAGUACCACAAAGAGCAGCUGGAGAGAUUCCGUGAAAAGGCCAGAGGUUUGGGACUGCAAGCUGUGGUGACCGCUAUCGAUUUGGCUAUGGAACAGGUCAAUAAUAAUAUUUAUUGGCGUAAUCGUUCCUACUAUAGUCUAAAAUCAUUUAUCGAUAUUAUUGUGGAAGAUUUUGAAAUUCCAAUAUUCUAAAGU